AUGACAGCCAAGCUUUCUAUUCCGCGCCUGCGAAGCGCAAGAAAGGAGAAUGCCGGCGGCCGCACCAGCCGGGCUUGUGAAACCUGUCGAGAGCGCAAGCACAAGUGUGAUGGGGCCAGACCGACCUGCUCCCAAUGCCUUGGUCAAGGCCUUGGAAAUUGCUUCUACCCGGAAAGAACAAUCGUUCAACAGCAGAAGGCUAUCGUUUCGAUGCGAGGAGAAAUCCAGAAUUAUCGAGAACUGCUCCAAGAGAUUUCUCCGGAACUUAGAGGACCUACUGCUGAUCGAGUAGCUAGGGCACUCAAGAGACCAAACCAGGAGAAAACUACGAAUCGUGACUGUGAGAUAUCCAGCUCCUCAUCCUUAGCUUCUUCGGAGCAAAUUGAUGUCGCAAACGAAGAUUUCAAUCGAAAUCAGGACAGCAGAGCGACUGGAUUCAUGGGGAAUAAUUCUGAAAUUGCAUGGAUGCAGCGUCUGGACUUGCAAACCUCAAGGCACGAUAUAAAAACUAAACUCUGUUUGAAACCAGGUUUCCAGCCUCUAAUUGGAAAUACAAUGGCAUCAUUGAAUUACCACCUAGAUCAUCAAUCUAUAUCAAACAAGAGUGUGACGAACUCUUUUGCUUUGCCACAAAAGGUACUAGCGGAUAGCUUAUUCCAGCUUUAUAUGGAACACAUUCAGGAGUUCUUGCCAAUCAUACGAAAAGACCUUUUUGUGGCCCAGUACCGUCAAUGCUUCUCGAGAGAAGGGAAUUUUCCUGGUAGGAAAUGGUUGGCCGUCUUGAACAUGGUCUUGGCGAUCGCCUGCGCUUUCAGUCGACUUUCUGGUCGGGAAUUAUCACCAGAAGCCGAUGAGAACGUUUUCUCUGCGAGAGCUAGGUCUCUUAGUAUUUCGGAUAAUGUUAUCUACGACCAUGGAGAUUUGCAACAAGUACAGGCUGAGGCACUCAUGGCUUUCCUCUUUUUAAUUCAAUCGCAGAUAAACAGGUCGUGGAAGAUGAUCGGUAUCGCCACACGUUCGGGCAUCACUUUAGGGCUCAAUUUAGAGAAAAGGAUCAUUGGGCUUGACGUGAAAUCAGGAGAGGCGCGAAAGCAGCUGUGGUGGUCAAUUUUUCGCUUGGAAAGCCUUCUCUCAACCAUGACUGGGAGAGUAUCUUGCCUUGGAAAUGCCUCUAAGUCUGCAAGUCCUCCGUUUCUCAACCCAAAUUUGGAUUUUGCAGUUCCUGACAUGAAUCAACCUACCAACGAGCUCCAAUGGACAAUCAACUUGAGUGAGGAAACCGCAAAUUCUCAAAGUUCGUUUCUCAAAUCUUUGGAGCCCACCAAUCUCCUCUACUGUUUCUAUAUGGCGGAUCUAGCUUUGAUCACUCAUACUAUCACCAAUGAAGUAUAUGCUUUAGAGCCCUUUCGGAUAGGCUGGAGCCGCAUUGAAAGCCGUAUAGCUUUCUACCGCAAAAAGUUGGAUUUCUGGGCGUCGACCAUACACACCUCUUUCGGCUUCCAGAAUGGUCAAGUCAUCUCAAACCCGAGAGGAUCACCAUUGCAAUUUUCUCUUGCUUUGAAUUACUACAGCGCUCAUAUAUUGCUAAAUCGGCCGUGUCUGAAUGGCCCUGCCUUUGAAAAGAAACAUGACUCGCGUGAUUCUGGCUUACGAUUUGCCAAUAAGGUCGCAUUCAACUGUCUCCAGGCUUCUUUGGGAGCCAUUGCACAAUUGCCAGAUCAACCAGAUUUGCCUUGGUGCUACCAACUCCCACAAUGGUGGGAUAUCCUACACAUUCUCACACAGUCAAUUGCCAUUCUGCUUCUCGAUAUCUCAAUAGGUCCGGCAGCCAGCACCCAAGAAAUUCAGCACCCUGCGCAAUCGGUUGUUUGGGCUGGUGUGACAAAAGGUCUUUACUGGCUGCAUUGCUUGAGGAGAACUUCAGAGUCCGCUAGCCGAGGUUUCGAAUUUUUCAAUAGUUGCGUUCAGCGCUUGGACCCAGAUAAAACCCUUGAUUUUGAAUGCAUAUCUUUGGUGUUCGAUCCUUCUCGGACUCCUUGCGAUCCAAAAGCAUCAGGGCUUCAAGAUAUACUUGAAACAAACACAAUUACUCCUCCAGAAGAAUAUGGGCGUAUAGAUUAUACAGAACAUUCAGGGCGGUAUUUUUCUGCUACUGCGGAUGAAGAUGCCGUGCCAUUCCAAGACUUGUCGGGAGUACAGCGCCCAUCGGCCCCAAGCGCUUUGGCGGUGCUUGAUACUGGUGAAAAAGUUCUCGACCUUGUCUCAAACCCUGACAUUCCUCUUGAAGAUGUUAUACUGUCCCUGGUGGAUGGGUUUUAUUCUUAA